GAAACAUCUUAAGCAUCAAAUCACACAGGAAUUCUUGAAAAAUAAACCACAAUCUUGAAACAGCACACAGUACUUGAGUGAUCAUCAAAAAUGGAUUCAUCAAACCUUACAUCACUUCCAGAAGAAGGCUCAGAAGAAACCCACAAUCUUCCUUCUGCCUUUUCUUCUGUCCCUUCUCGCCCUCCCAUUCGGAAGUCUUCAGAGAAAUAUGCACCUUUAGACUGGUCAGAUUAUUUCGAUCAAGAGGAUGACAUUCAGAUCCCAGAUUCAGAUGAUGUAUUUCAUGUUUAUAUGGCAGGAACUGAAGGCCCUGUUAUUUUUUGCCUGCAUGGUGGUGGUUAUUCUGGGCUCUCAUUUGCAUUGGCAGCAAGCAAACUUAAGGAGAAAGCUAGGAUAAUGGCCAUGGAUCUAAGAGGACAUGGAAAGUCAUCUACGCAAAAUGAUGUAGAUUUGUCCAUUGAGACGCUAUGCAGUGAUGUGAUUUCUAUUUUGAAGACAAUGUAUGGAGAUGCUCCGCCUGCAAUUGUGCUUGUUGGUCACAGUAUGGGAGGUGCAGUUGCAAUUCAUGUUGCUGCAAAAAAAUCACUUCCAAGUCUGGCUGGCUUGGUGGUUGUGGACGUUGUUGAGGGUACAGCAAUGGCAUCAUUGAUUCAUAUGCAGAAGAUUCUGUCGAACAGGAUGCAGCAUUUCUCGACCCCUGAAAAAGCGAUUGAAUGGAGUGUCAAAUCAGGCUCUUUGAGAAAUAUUGACUCUGCUCGUGUAUCAAUCCCCAGCACAUUGAAAUAUGAUGACUCAAAAAAAUGUUACACGCAUAGAGCAAGACUUGAAGAAACCGAACAGUAUUGGAGAGGGUGGUAUGAAGGCCUUUCAGAGAAGUUUUUGUCAUCUCCUGUGCCAAAGUUAUUGCUUUUAGCUGGGACAGACAGACUUGACAGAACCCUCACAAUAGGUCAAAUGCAAGGGAAGUUCCAAAUGGUGGUCGUCAGACACACAGGCCAUGCUAUACAGGAAGAUGUGCCUGAUGAAUUUGUCAAUUUGAUACUCAAUUUUAUUUCCCAUAAUCGAAUAGGCCCACAUGGAAUUGAGAUACCUGGACUUCGUCGACCCCCUCAGUCAAAACCUUGAAUACUGGACUGAUGCAAAAUAAGAAUUUACUAGUUUGGAUCUGUAACUUACUAGUAUCGUUUGGGAGCAUGUAGAAUGGCUUUGGAGAUGUUUGCGUGGAGAUUGUACAUAGAGGUGUCAGCUGUAAUAAAUGUUCUAUUUGGCAAACAAGAGCAUUUAGAAUAGUUUAGCGUUUUGUUACUUAUUAAUGCAGGUAUUUGAAAACACAUGAACUUCCAUGAAUCAAGAACAAUAUGGCACUAGAAAUGCUUUCCACUGACUGUCGACAAAAUAAUAAUCGUACCCUCUUGUUGAUU